GAAACAGACACGGACUGUUGGUCCCAAGCAGUACGACAGACCAAGAGCUUCAACAUAUCCGUAAUAGCCUCCCAGAUUCCGUGCGAAUUCAGCGAGUAGAGGAGCGUCUCUCAGCGCUGGGCAAUGUCACUACCUGCAAUGACUACGUGGCUCUUGUUCACCCGGAUCUCGACAGGGAGACAGAAGAGAUCUUGGCAGAUGUGCUGAAGGUGGAGGUUUUCAGACAAACGGUGGCAGAUCAGGUGCUGGUAGGAAGCUACUGUGUUUUCAGUAACCAAGGAGGAAUUGUGCAUCCCAAAACUUCAAUUGAUGAUCAGGAUGAACUGUCUUCACUGCUCCAGGUCCCACUCGUGGCCGGAACGGUGAACCGCGGCAGCGAGGUGAUCGCGGCCGGGAUGGUGGUGAACGACUGGUGUGCCUUCUGCGGGCUGGACACCACCAGCACGGAGCUCUCCGUCAUCGAGAGCAUCUUCCGGCUGAACGAAGCCCGGCCAAGCACCAUUGCGACCAACAUGAGGGAUUCUUUGAUUGACAGCUUGACAUGAGCAGAGUCGGUUCCUGCUUUCCAGAAAGCUCCUAAGGAGUGAAGUGUCAAGCUGCACUUUGGAUUACAGACAUCUAGAGCUUCUGAUGUUUCUGCAGGCCCUGCCCGAGG